CCGUUUGUCUGCCAUUGCCAUGAACAUCUACGCGUUGGAAACCAUGGCAUUUUACAUUGCUGGCUACCUUGAUGAGCAACCAUCCAAAGAUUUCACGGUCGAGGCUUCCAUUGCGAUGCUAUACGCCAGACGCGCCCUCAAAAACGGCAUUGUUAGCUUCAUGGACCUCUUCGGCGCAUCAGCGACGACCACCAAUAUGGAAUUAGAACGACUCCUCCGAGACAUCACAACUCUAAAUGCUUUCCUCAACACAGAUGACUGGUUGGUCGGACAGAUCAGCAUGGCCGGCAUCAUCGCUUGGGCGAAAGAUCAGAGCAUUGAUUUGCAGUAAGA